AUGUCUGAAGACAAUGAGCCGUCAAUCUCUCCUGCAAGCUUACUAGACUCCUUCGCAUCCAUAUUCAAGCCGUUAGAAGAAGAGAUAGUUGAUAAAAAGAGAAGAGCACCUGUUAUGUCUCCUGAAGAGCUUUAUUUUCUAUCACAAAACUAUGUAGAUAACUAUGAAAUUUUUCAUGGAACAGUUAAAGGCGCAAGCCGAGAAGCUUCAAUUGUGGCAAAGAGUCUCUUACUGAAUAAUAUAGCAAAUGGAUUAGAAGUCUUAGGAUACCCCAAGCGUACCACAACUCAGAUUGAACAGAGAAUCCGUGAUAAUUUGAAGAAAAGCAGGGAAUUUUUCACACAAAUGAAGAAAGGUGGAAAGAAGCUGAAUAUUCCUCCACAUAUUAAGCUUUUACUUGACCGGCCUGAUAUUAAGGCUCGCCUGAUCGGAGGUAGUAAAGCAUCUACAGAAAUCAAUAACUCAAACAAGGAUGAAAACUCAAAUAGAACAAAUGAUAAGGCUGAAAUAAAAUCACAAAAAAAGAAAAGAGCCCGAGAAGAUGAUGAGCCGACAACAUCGGAAAGCUCCAAGAGGCCCUCAAUGGACAGUUUUGCUGAUUCACCAGCUAUGACUGAAAACGAUAGUCCAAUGGCAAAUGAUCAAAUAACAUCUGAUUUCAUUUGUUCAUUCUUAUCAAAUGCUUCAUCUAGCUUAUCAAAAGAUGACGAUGUAGAGAAAAGUUGUGUAAAUCAUGAAGAGAAUGUAAAAGAAGAAGAAUCCUUAAAUUCCCAGUUAAUUCAAAUGAGAAUAGAAAAUGAGAAACGCCGUCAAGAACUUUUGGAUGCUCAGAUUCAAUUGGAGAAAGCUCGUUUGGAUUGUGCAUUACUUGAAGCUCAAUAUUGGAAGAAAAAAACAAAAUUAGCCUUAAUAGAUUAA